CCAAGGCUGCGGCAGUGCUGCGUCUGUAAAUGGCAACCGACUGCCCACCCGACUUAUAAAAGGCGGCUCUUUGGCAGAGCUCUGCAUUCUGUCUGGACGUCUCUGCUCUGUCUGCUGAAGAUUGUUACCAGUGCAUCAUCAUCAUGUCAGAUCUGGAGACUUGCCUGAUCACCACCAUUGAGACCUUCCACAAAUACUCUGGAAAAGAAGGAGAUAAACACAAGCUAAAGAAAUCUGAGCUUAAGGAUCUUAUUAACAAUGAGCUGUCCGGAUUCCUGGGGCAAAUCAAAGACCAGGCCACGGUGGACCACUUAAUGGAGACGCUGGAUGCGGAUGGUGACUCUGAAUGCGACUUUCAGGAGUUCAUGACCUUCAUUGCCAUGGUUACCAUUGCAUGCCAUGAGUUCUUUGAGCAUCAUGAGGACGAGUAAUGGCCUGCUCUCUGAAGGUUCCCUUGAAAAUGCAAUGCCUUGCAGAUGUUAACCUUGUACCGGCUUUAGCCUGAAAAGUGUCCGUCACUCUUGGGGUCUAUAUGGAGCAGGGAAGGGCAAUCCCAGAAUCUUGGGGUGCAAUGGUGGCUGGUUUCAUUUUAACCAAGCAUUUAAUUACUUACACAUACACACACACACACAAAAUGUCAUCCAGUCUUCACAAGCUUUUCCUCAGGUGCUCUGCUGUACCUGUUAGCACAGCCUGUGACUAGACAAGCACAUGUCCUAAUGACAGAAUCUCUAAGGCUUUUCUUGGAGAGCCCUGUAACCUCUUAUAGAAGUCCCCUGAUGAUUGUGAUUGGAAGAAUCUCAAUGCCAAACAGCUUUUGUUGAAUUAGAUCCAUAAUUUUCUCUUUUACAGGAAUGCUGGGCAGUGAGUGACUCCAUCAUCCAAAUCAAAUGAAAGUAGCCUGACUAUAUAAGCACUUGCCCUCCACAACCAUAAAAAAAUGGAAGGAUGAUGAAUAGACUGAAGUGGAAAUUCAAUUUAUUCAAACUUUCAUGUGGUGUCUUUGCAAAUUCUGAGAAAUGAUGACGAGCCAACAAAAGUCAAAAUAAAAGUGAUGUAAUAUUAGAUGAAAAUAAAUAAAGUGCCACACAAAGUCAGCAUGGUAGUCACUCAGACAGUGGAGGCCGGUUGCCCACUGACCAGCUCUCCUGUAACGUAACGUAACAGAGAAGACAAAUCAAAACCACAAAGGGUAGUAUUGGAGCUGUCCAGGGCCUAUAGUUAGAGACGCCAGUACCUGUGGACCUCAGAUUGUAAACUGCUAAUCCAUUCUUACUUUAGGUUUUGGUCAUUUUUAGCUAACAAAUUUAGAUGGAACAACUGAAAAUGAAGUGUGAUGACAUGAUGUGACAGGAACCAGAUGUUCUCACCUUUGGUAGCCAUAGGACCUAAAGGAGGGUCCCAGCUGUGUAACUCUGCUGCCAUCCCAUGGAGGGCAAAAAAGGACAAAUAAGUGAAAAGGCCGAAAAAUCUCCUCCCUGGCCCACUUCACAAAGACAUGUGUUGUUAUACUCCUCUCCAUCCAGCUCAGAGAGCUGCUGUUGUCAGGCCUGGCACCCUCCAUAAGAUGUAGGAAAGAAGGGGGAGUGCAAGGCGAUGCAGCAUGGGGCAGAAUUUAGAUCAACCGGUAGAACAAUAGCUAAUCAACCACCACUCUUUCGGUCCACCUUUUUGUCUCAUAAUACAUCAGUACGAUGAACACCAUCAUAGGAGUAUGCAGCAGCAGUGUCACCAUUUACAUCUGAGCCUGAACAGGCCCAGGACUUCAGAGUAAGUCGGGAUGUAUGGACAGCCACAUGUUUGAAAGUCCGUCAUUUUAGCGACUAUGCCACAAGCCCCAGUCUGGUGUAGUGGCUAAGACAGUGGACUUUAAACACUCAGACUGCACUGUGAAUCUCUGAACAGUUGUAAUAUGUUCUGAUCUUGUAAGUUACUUUGGAUAUAAGUAGCAGUUAAGCAUGUUAUAAUAAUAAUAAUAAACCUGGUUCACAUUGGCCACUUAAAGGCCCAGGCAUACAUCAUGCAGAGAAUCGGUCUCGCUGGACCAAACACCAUGUCCACAGUUUUGAAGGGCUUUCACACUUCAGGCACUUCCACAGUGAUUGAUCACAAGUCAUGGUUGCACAACUGCAGAUGGGUUCUAUCUAUAGAAUUGAGGACAUUGCUCUUCUCCCAAGGCUGCUAGUAGUGGCUCUGCGACCGCCAUAGUAGGACACUAAUACAUUCAAGAAGGCAAGACAUUUCGCUCUUCAAUCCAAAACAGAAAAGUGGGUUUGGGCCACGUUGUCAUUAGUACAUCUCCUGGGAUCUUCUGCAUUUGUCACCCAGUUGUGAAUUUAAUAUCCUGUGCCAAUUCUGCAGUCAGUACAGAAGAUCUGAGCAGGUGACUUUGAUUUCAUUCCCCAUUGACUAGUGAGGAGCCCUGAGCUCCCUGAGGUUUACUUGGGGAGUGACUGCUCGCUCACAGUUGGGUCCAGGAUUGUUUCUUGUUUACUGUCCCAAUGGCUACAUUCAGUAACACUGACAACUGAGCUCCCUUGCACCCCAUUAAUGUGGUUAGGCAUGGAAACCCUUCUCUCAGCACAGUGAGGUGCUUUCAACGUACCAUAUGCUGCUAUGUGUUCAGAUCAUUAAUAAAAGAUGGUCACUGUG